UUGUGGGGAAUAGCGAAGAAAACUACCACUGAAUCAGAGGAAACUUCUACAACUACGUAUUCUCCCACAACUGAAACUACUACAGUAACAACUGAGGGAACCACUGAAAGCGAAGAAACUACCACUGAAUCAGAGGAAACUUCUACAACUACAUAUUCUCCCACAACUGAAACUACUACAGUAACAACUGAGGGAACCACUGAAAGCGAAGAAACUACCACUGAAUCAGAGGAAACGUCUACAACUACGUAUUCUCCCACAACUGAAACUACUACAGUAACAACUGAGGGAACCACUGAAAGCGAAGAAACUACCACUGAAUCAGAGGAAACUUCUACAACUACAUAUUCUCCCACAACUGAAACUACUACAAGGAAAACGUCUACAACUACGUAUUCUCCCACAACUGAAACUACUACACUAACAACUGAGGGAACCACUGAAAGCGAAGAAACUACCACUGAAUCAGAGGAAACGUCUACAACUACGUAUUCUCCCACAACUGAAACUACUACAGUAACAACUGAGGGAACCACUGAAAGCGAAGAAACUACCACUGAAUCAGAGGAUACUUCUACAACUACGUAUUCUCCCACAACUGAAACUACUACAGUAACAACUGAGGGAACCACUGAAAGCGAAGAAACUACCACUGAAUCAGAGGAUACUUCUACAACUACCGAAGAAACUACCACUGAAUCAGAGGAAACUUCUACAACUACCUAUUCUCCCACAACUGAAACUACUACAGUAACAACUGAGGGAACCACUGAAAGCGAAGAAACUACCACUGAAUCAGAGGAAACUUCUACAACUACCUAUUCUCCCACAACUGAAACUACUACAGUAACAACUGAGGGAACCACUGAAAGCGAAGAAACUACACUGAAUCAGAGGAAACUUCUACAACUACCUAUUCUCCCACAACUGAAACUACUACAGAAACAUCUACAACUACGUAUUCCCCCACAACUGAAACUACUACCAGUAACAACUGAGGGAACUACAGAUUGCGAAGAAACUACCACUGAAUCAGAGGAAACUUCUACAACUACCUAUUCUCCCACAACUGAAACUACUACAGUAACAACUGAGGGAACCACUGAAAGCGAAGAAACUACCACUGAAUCAGAGGAAACUUCUACAACUACUUAUUCUCCCACAACUGAAACUACUACAGUAACAACUGAGGGAACCACUGAAAGCGAAGAAACUAACACUGAAUCAGAGGAAACUUCUACAACUACAUAUUCUCCCACAACUGAAACUACUACAGUAACAACUGAGGGAACCACUGAAAGCGAAGAAACUACCACUGAAUCAGAGGAAACUUCUACAACUACGUAUUCUCCCACAACUGAAACUACUACAGUAACAACUGAGGGAACCACUGAAAGCGAAGAAACUACCACUGAAUCAGAGGAAACUUCUACAACUACGUAUUCUCCCACAACUGAAACUACUACAGUAACAACUGAGGGAACCACUGAAAGCGAAGAAACUACCACUGAAUCAGAGGAAACUUCUACAACUACUUAUUCUCCCACAACUGAGACUACUACAGUUACAACUGAGGGAACUACUGAAAGCGAAGAAACUACCACUGAAUCAGAGGAAACUUCUACAACUACAUAUUCUCCCACAACUGAAACUACUACAGUAACAACUGAGGGAACCACUGAAAGCGAAGAAACUACCACUGAAUCAGAGGAAACUUCUACAACUACAUAUUCUCCCACAACUGAAACUACUACAGUAACAACUGAGGGAACCACUGAAAGCGAAGAAACUACCACUGAAUCAGAGGAAACUUCUACAACUACCUAUUCUCCCACAACUGAAACUACUACAGUAACAACUGAGGGAACCACUGAAAGCGAAGAAACUACCACUGAAUCAGAGGAAACUUCUACAACUACCUAUUCUCCCACAACUGAAACUACUACAGUAACAACUGAGGGAACCACUGAAAGCGAAGAAACUACCACUGAAUCAGAGGAAACUUCUACAACUACUUAUUCUCCCACAACUGAAACUACUACAGUAACAACUGAGGGAACCACUGAAAGCGAAGAAACUACCACUGAAUCAGAGGAAACUUCUACAACUACAUAUUCUCCCACAACUGAAACUACUACAGUAACAACUGAGGGAACCACUGAAAGCGAAGAAACUACCACUGAAUCAGAGGAAACUUCUACAACUACGUAUUCUCCCACAACUGAAACUACUACAGUAACAACUGAGGGAACCACUGAAAGCGAAGAAACUACCACUGAAUCAGAGGAAACUUCUACAACUACAUAUUCUCCCACAACUGAAACUACUACAGUAACAACUGAGGGAACCACUGAAAGCGAAGAAACUACCACUGAAUCAGAGGAAACGUCUACAACUACGUAUUCUCCCACAACUGAAACUACUACAGUAACAACUGAGGGAACCACUGAAAGCGAAGAAACUACCACUGAAUCAGAGGAAACUUCUACAACUACGUAUUCUCCCACAACUGAAACUACUACAGUAACAACUGAGGGAACCACUGAAAGCGAAGAAACUACCACUGAAUCAGAGGAAACUUCUACAACUACUUAUUCUCCCACAACUGAGACUACUACAGUUACAACUGAGGGAACUACUGAAAGCGAAGAAACUACCACUGAAUCAGAGGAAACUUCUACAACUACAUAUUCUCCCACAACUGAAACUACUACAGUAACAACUGAGGGAACCACUGAAAGCGAAGAAACUACCACUGAAUCAGAGGAAACUUCUACAACUACCUAUUCUCCCACAACUGAAACUACUACAGGAACCACUGAAAGCGAAGAAACUACCACUGAAUCAGAGGAAACUUCUACAACUACCUAUUCUCCCACAACUGAAACUACUACAGUAACAACUGAGGGAACCACUGAAAGCGAAGAAACUACCACUGAAUCGGAGGAAACAUCUACAACUACGUAUUCCCCCACAACUGAAACUACUACAGUAACAACUGAGGGAACUACAGAUUGCGAAGAAACUACCACUGAAUCAGAGGAAACUUCUACAACUACCUAUUCUCCCACAACUGAAACUACUACAGUAACAACUGAGGGAACCACUGAAAGCGAAGAAACUACCACUGAAUCAGAGGAAACUUCUACAACUACAUAUUCUCCCACAACUGAAACUACUACAGUAACAACUGAGGGAACCACUGAAAGCGAAGAAACUACCACUGAAUCAGAGGAAACUUCUACAACUACGUAUUCUCCCACAACUGAAACUACUACAGUAACAACUGAGGGAACCACUGAAAGCGAAGAAACUACCACUGAAUCAGAGGAAACUUCUACAACUACCGAAGAAACUACCACUGAAUCAGAGGAAACAUCUACAACUACAUAUUCUCCCACAACUGAAACUACUACAGUAACAACUGAGGGAACCACUGAAAGCGAAGAAACUACCACUGAAUCAGAGGAAACUUCUACAACUACUUAUUCUCCCACAACUGAGACUACUACAGUAACAACUGAGGGAACCACUGAAAGCGAAGAAACUACCACUGAAUCAGAGGAAACUUCUACAACUACGUAUUCUCCCACAACUGAAACUACUACAGUAACAACUGAGGGAACCACUGAAAGCGAAGAAACUACCACUGAAUCAGAGGAAACAUCUACAACUACAUAUUCUCCCACAACUGAAACUACUACAGUAACAACUGAGGGAACCACUGAAAGCGAAGAAACUACCACUGAAUCAGAGGAAACUUCUACAACUACUUAUUCUCCCACAACUGAGACUACUACAGAAACUUCUACAACUACGUACUCUCCCACAACUGAGACUACUACAGUAACAACUGAGGGAACCACUGAAAGCGAAGAAACUACCACUGAAUCAGAGGAAACUUCUACAACUUCUUAUUCUCCCACAACUGAGACUACUACAGUAACAACUGAGGGAACCACUGAAGCGAAGAAACUACCACUGAAUCAGAGGAAACUUCUACAACUACGUACUCUCCCCACAACUGAGACUACUACAGUAACAACUGAGGGAACCACUGAAAGCGAAGAAACUACCACUGAAUCAGAGGAAACUUCUACAACUACAUAUUCUCCCACAACUGAAACUACUACAGUAACAACUGAGGGAACCACUGAAAGCGAAGAAACUACCACUGAAUCAGAGGAAACUUCUACAACUACGUAUUCUCCCACAACUGAAACUACUACAGUAACAACUGAGGGAACCACUGAAAGCGAAGAAACUACCACUGAAUCAGAGGAAACUUCUACAACUACGUAUUCUCCCACAACUGAAACUACUACAGUAACAACUGAGGGAACCACUGAAAGCGAAGAAACUACCACUGAAUCAGAGGAAACUUCUACAACUACUUAUUCUCCCACAACUGAGACUACUACAGUAACAACUGAGGGAACCACUGAAAGCGAAGAAACUACCACUGAAUCAGAGGAAACUUCUACAACUACGUAUUCUCCCACAACUGAAACUACUACAGUAACAACUGAGGGAACCACUGAAAGCGAAGAAACUACCACUGAAUCAGAGGAAACUUCUACAACUACCGAAGAAACUACCACUGAAUCAGAGGAAACGUCUACAACUACGUAUUCUCCCACAACUGAAACUACUACAGUAACAACUGAGGGAACCACUGAAAGCGAAGAAACUACCACUGAAUCAGAGGAUACUUCUACAACUACGUAUUCUCCCACAACUGAAACUACUACAGUAACAACUGAGGGAACCACUGAAAGCGAAGAAACUACCACUAAAUCAGAGGAUACUUCUACAACUACCGAAGAAACUACCACUGAAUCAGAGGAAACUUCUACAACUACCUAUUCUCCCACAACUGAAACUACUACAGUAACAACUGAGGGAACCACUGAAAGCGAAGAAACUACCACUGAAUCGGAGGAAACAUCUACAACUACGUAUUCCCCCACAACUGAAACUACUACAGUAACAACUGAGGGAACUACAGAUUGCGAAGAAACUACCACUGAAUCAGAGGAAACUUCUACAACUACCUAUUCUCCCACAACUGAAACUACUACAGUAACAACUGAGGGAACCACUGAAAGCGAAGAAACUACCACUGAAUCAGAGGAAACUUCUACAACUACAUAUUCUCCCACAACUGAAACUACUACAGUAACAACUGAGGGAACCACUGAAAGCGAAGAAACUACCACUGAAUCAGAGGAAACUUCUACAACUACGUAUUCUCCCACAACUGAAACUACUACAGUAACAACUGAGGGAACCACUGAAAGCGAAGAAACUACCACUGAAUCAGAGGAAACUUCUACAACUACGUAUUCUCCCACAACUGAAACUACUACAGUAACAACUGAGGGAACCACUGAAAGCGAAGAAACUACCACUGAAUCAGAGGAAACAUCUACAACUACAUAUUCUCCCACAACUGAAACUACUACAGUAACAACUGAGGGAACCACUGAAAGCGAAGAAACUACCACUGAAUCAGAGGAAACUUCUACAACUACUUAUUCUCCCACAACUGAGACUACUACAGUAACAACUGAGGGAACCACUGAAAGCGAAGAAACUACCACUGAAUCAGAGGAAACUUCUACAACUACGUAUUCUCCCACAACUGAAACUACUACAGUAACAACUGAGGGAACCACUGAAAGCGAAGAAACUACCACUGAAUCAGAGGAAACUUCUACAACUACGUAUUCUCCCACAACUGAAACUACUACAGUAACAACUGAGGGAACCACUGAAAGCGAAGAAACUACCACUGAAUCAGAGGAAACUUCUACAACUACUUAUUCUCCCACAACUGAAACUACUACAGUAACAACUGAGGGAACCACUGAAAGCGAAGAAACUACCACUGAAUCAGAGGAAACUUCUACAACUACUUAUUCUCCCACAACUGAGACUACUACAGUUACAACUGAGGGAACCACUGAAAGCGAAGAAACUACCACUGAAUCAGAGGAAACUUCUACAACUACGUAUUCCCCCACAACUGAAACUACUACAGUAACAACUGAGGGAACUACAGAUUGCGAAGAAACUACCACUGAAUCAGAGGAAACUUCUACAACUACAUACUCUCCUACAACUGAAACUACUACAGUAACAACUGAGGGAACCACUGAAAGCGAAGAAACUACCACUGAAUCAGAGGAAACUUCUACAACUACGUAUUCUCCCACAACUGAAACUACUACAGUAACAACUGAGAGAACCACUGAAAGCGAAGAAACUACCACUGAAUCAGAGGAAACUUCUACCACUACAUAUUCUCCCACAACUGAAACUACUACAGUAACAACUGAGGGAACCACUGAAAGCGAAGAAACUACCACUGAAUCAGAGGAAACUUCUACAACUACGUAUUAUCCCACAACUGAAACUACUACAUUGACAACUGAGGGAACCACUGAAAGCGAAGAAACUACCACUGAAUCAGAGGAAACUUCUACAACUACGUAUUCCCCCACAACUGAAACUACUACAGUAACAACUGAGGGAACUACAGAUUGCGAAGAAACUACCACUGAAUCAGAGGAAACUUCUACAACUACAUACUCUCCUACAACUGAAACUACUACAGUAACAACUGAGGGAACCACUGAAAGCGAUGAAACUACCACUGAAUCAGAGGAAACUUCUACAACUACGUAUUCUCCCACAACUGAAACUACUACAGUAACAACUGAGGGAACCACUGAAAGCGAAGAAACUACCACUGAAUCAGAGGAAACUUCUACAACUACAUAUUCUCCCACAACUGAAACUACUACAGUAACAACUGAGGGAACCACUGAAAGCGAAGAAACUACCACUGAAUCAGAGGAAACUUCUACAACUACGUAUUCUCCCACAACUGAAACUUACUACAGUAACAACUGA